GUUUCCACCAAGAUGACGAGCGCGCGGUUCUGCAUCCUCUUGACGUUGGUCGUGGCGAGCGAGACCGCGGACCCGACGCCGGAUGACGCGACCUCAGCCGAUUCUCGGCUGAGUCCCAGCGUGCAUUGCUGGUGUGCAACUUAUCCCAAGGUCGCGUUCUGCUCGUGGCCCGAACCCCAACACGGCCAGCCUCUGCGCUACAUCGCCACCUACAGCGAGAGACGCCAGCCGUUAAUCAGCAAAAGCUGUCAACUCACCUCGUCGUCAUCAUCCUCAUCAGUGCGGCUUUGGCACUGCCACCUGCCCGACUUGAAGCUGCUGACCGAUUACAUCCUCAACGUGACCACCUUGUCGUCGGCGGGGAGGAGCAGCUCCCUCCUCCGCAGCUUCAUGCUGGAGGACAUCGUGAAACCCGACCCCCCGGUGGGCGUCACGGUGUCGGCCCGCCGCUCCAGGAAGGUCUUGGUGGAGUGGUCGCCCCCCCCGACGUGGACCCACCUGGACGUGGCGCCCCUCAAGUACCAGAUCAUGUACCAGUCGGACCACAAGGGCCGGGCCAAGUCUGUCAAUUUGGGCCCGUUGGAGAGCACCAGCGUGGAACUGAAGGGUCUGAGCCCAGGAAGGAAGUACACGUUUCAGGUGUGCGCCAAGGACCUGCUGGGACUGGGCCAGUGCAGUCUCUGGAGCCCCCCCGUCACCCUCACUUUACCCCCCCAACAAAAUUUCUUGGAUAGUUUUGCUGUUUAAACCUCGCCGUGCGAGUUUAAUUAAUGUAUUUAUUUAUGUAUCAUGUUAAUAAUUUAAAACACUCCUGUCUCAAAUCCUCUUUUCCCAUUGGAAAUGAAUGGAAAUGCUAUU